AUGAUGACAGAUAUGAAAGAAACAGAAGCAAGAGAACUUCAAUCACAAAUUGAGAAAUAUAAUAGGUAAUUCUUUAUGUUUCUAAUAUUUGUUUAUUUUACAAUCACUUUUGUAAAUAAUUGCAAUCAUGUGUUAUAUGUAAUUAAUUUUUUGAUAACUGUUCAUAACUAUGGCUAAUGAUAUCCAGACAGAUAUUUAAAUUUUUUUAAAAAUUUUACAGCGAAGAAGAUGAAAUUGACUUCAAAAUAGCUAUAAAAAAAUUAAGCGAAGGAUUCUUAAAACAAUAUCAAGAACAAUGGGAACAAAGUGGAAAAAAGCUAAAUGAAGUAAAUUUCAAAUGAUUAAAAUUAGUCAAGGUAAAUUAAUAUUAAUGAAAAAAGAAAUGGUUUCCAUUCAUGAAAGGACAUUCAGAUUAAAAGUGAGUUAUAACUUUUCUAUGCUACAUAAACGAGCAUCAAGAUUGCAGCAAAUAGUACAGAAAGAGGCCUUGAAUAGAGAACAACAACGAGAACAAGAACUUCAUCGGGAACAAGAACUAAUUGGCAAACCAGCAAUAAGUUAA